GAUGGAUUGUACCUGAUCAAGGAUGAUCGUGUACUGCAUCCCAGAGGGUACUGGAUCCUGUCCGGCUCGCCAAUCAACUGGAAAAAGUAUUGGAAAGGGGUGGGAGCGGACGAAGGAGGAUGUAGCUAACAAAUGUACCCAUGGCUACUACACUGUUGGAAAGGGAAUUGUGCUGGUAGCAAACAAUUUUGGUGAUGACCUCUUUCCUGGCAGCAAUGAGAUCAAACAACCAUGGCCUCCACCUCUGGAGUUAGCGUGCUUGGAUUGGAACAUCAUGGUCUUCUCUGUGUUUCGUGCUUCCACGACCCUCUUCAUCGACCUUGACUCAGCUGGCUUUGGCACUGGUCUCGAGCUGUGGUCUAGCAGGGCCAGCGACAAGAACAAGUUCAUGGUUGAACAACUGCAUAGGAACAAGAUGUCCAAUAGGGCCACCCAUGGGUGUUAUGCCUGUUGGCGGCCAAUUCACCUUCAUGGACAGGAUACCAUUUGUUCUAGCUGCAAUGAUGGUUUUAUCCAGGAAAGCAGUGAGAUGGGUGGCGUACUGAACACUUAUGGUCUCAUUGAACCGGACUUUGAAGAGCAUCGAGCCAAAAGAAUUGGAAUGACGGACGCCAUAUCUGCCCUUAUCCAGCAACAGAUGGCAGAAAUAGGAAGAUAUAGUUUGUUUGAUAUACAUGGUAGACAAGGGACUUGUACUGCACAUGGAAAGAGGUCAACUGCUAUUCAUACUCUCAUAAUGGGUGCAUCCCUUCUCCUGCAGUUGGUAGUAGUGAUGUCAAUAUUAUCAUGAGGGGAGGCCCUAGAGUUCACG